GCCAUCCCACACCUAGGCAGGAAGACGGUAGCCACAAAGAAGAUGAAAAAGUCACUGGAGUUGAUCAACUCUAGUUAUGAAAAGUAGAAAGUACAUGCUGGGGUACAAGCAGACUCUGAAGUUGAUUAGACAAGGCAAAGCAAAAUUGGUCAUCCUCUCUAACAACUGCCCAGCUUUGAGGAAAUCCAAGAUAGAAUACUAUGAAAACUUGGCCAGGACUAGUGUGCAUCACUACAGUGACAAUAAUAUUGAAUUGGGCACAGCAUGUGGAAAAUACCACAGAGUACGCACACUGGCUCUCAUUGAUCCAGGUAAUUCUCAUAUUAUCAGAAGCAUGCCAGAAUAG